UCUGCAUCCUUGCAUUUUUUCCAACUCAUUCUCCUCUUCCCCACUUCUCCAGAUCUACUCCACUGCCGCCUCCCAUGGCGUCUCCAGCCGGAAACCCUAAUCCGAACCCCAACAACCCCAAUCCCCCCUUCGAGGUGUCCAUGCUCUUCAGGCCGCCUCACAACCCCGCGCCUACCGCCUCGCCCAUCUUCCCCGGUGCCGCCGGCCCGCCGCCGCCAUCCGGCCCUUACUCCUAUCCCCCGGCCACCCCUCCCUUCCACCGCGGCCCCUACCUCCACUACGCACAGGACCCUCAACCCCCUAUGCCUCGCCCAGCCAUGUCCUUCCCCAUGGCAAACCCAAACCUGAACCCGAGCGCUAACCCCGGCGUGUCACCGGCCCCCAACCCCGGCGCCCGCCUCAUGCAGUUGCUCGGCAACUCCGGUGGUUCGGGCCACCUCGAGUCCGCGGUAUCAUUGCCCCCGCCGUCGUCGGAGUUUGCCGCCACGCUGCCGCCGCCGCUCCCGGCGAUGCCAUCCGCGCCGCCGGCGAGGAUGUUGAGCAGUACCAGCAGCAAGGUUCCGAGGGGGCGGCUUCUGGGUCGUGGGGACAAAGCAGUGCACAACGUUGACUCCAGGCUGCCUGGAGAGGCGCAGCCACCUCAGCUGGAGGUGACGCCGAUCACCAAGUACACGUCGGAUCCAGGCCUCGUGCUGGGCAGGCAGAUCGCUGUGAACCGGACGUACAUCGUGUAUGGGCUCAAGCUGGGGAACAUCCGUGUGCUAAACAUUAACACCGCGCUUCGCUCACUCCUCCGUGGCCAUACACAGAGGGUAACAGACAUGGCUUUCUUUGCUGAGGACGUACAUCGUUUAGCAAGUGCCAGUGUAGAUGGGCGGAUAUAUGUGUGGAGGAUAGAUGAGGGGCCUGAUGAGGAAAAUAAACCACAAAUUACAGGAAAGAUAGAAAUUGCCAUACAGAUUGUAGGUGAUGCUGACUCGUACCACCCAAGAAUCUGCUGGCACUCUCAUAAGCAAGAACUUCUGUUUGUUGGAAUCAGGAAUUGUGUCUUAAGAAUAGACACAACUAAAGUGGGAAGGGGAAGAGACUUUAGUGCGGAAGAACCAAUUAAAUGUCAUCUUGACCAGCUGAUUGAUGGUGUCCGCUUAGUUGGUAAGCACGAUGGUGAUGUGACAGAUUUGUCCAUAUCUCAAUGGAUGACCACCCGACUGGCUUCAGGAUCAAAAGAUGGCACGGUAAAGAUCUGGGAUGAUCGCAAGUCAGUGCCUCUAUCAAUUCUAAAGCCACACGAUGGUCAAGCUGUUUACUCAGUGGCCUUUCUUACAGCACCUGAGCGCCCACAUCAUAUAAAUCUUAUCACAGCAGGUCCUCUAAACCAAGAAAUUAAAAUUUGGGCUUCUACUAAUGAGGAAGGUUGGUUGUUGCCAAGUGAUUCUGAGUCUUGGAAUUGUACCCAGACCUUGGAACUUGUUAGUUCUCUGGAACCAAGGGCCGAGGAGGCAUUUUUCAACCAAGUCGCAGUGCUACCUCAAGCAAGCAUUAUUUUACUUGCAAAUGCUAAAAAGAAUGCUAUUUAUGCUGUGCAUGUUGAGUAUGGUCCGGAUCCUGCUUCUACUCACUUGGACUAUAUAGCAGAUUUUACAGUUGCAAUGCCUAUUUUAAGUCUCACUGGCACACAUGAAAGCCAACCUGAUGGUGAGCAGGUUGUUCAAGUCUAUUGUGUCCAAACAAUGGCCAUACAGCAGUAUGGGCUGGAGUUAUCACUUUGUUCGCCCCCAUCUGAUACUACUGGACUUGGAAGAGACCCAGCUAUUUCACGUGUCUAUGAGGCAUCUCUGGAAGGAGUAGGGGCAGAGUCAUCCAUGGGAACUAGCAUUGCUGAUUCUUAUACCGUUGGUGCUUCGAGUAAACAAUCAACUUCUGAUCAGUCUACAGACUUGGAUCAUAAAGCAUCAGCUCCACCACUUACAUAUACAGAAGGUGAUGGUUCUGCACAUAUUCCGUCUGCUCCUCUUGCAUCAAGCAUGGAUCUUGCUGGAUCAGGACCACCACUAGGCAACAGUGACAAAGACCAAUCAGAUUUUGAUUAUUCAAAGAACCGAAACAUUGAGCCAGUCACCUUGACUAGGCAAGACACACCCAUGCCAAAACCGCUUGCCUUGACUAGGCAAGAUACACCCAUGCCAAAACCGCUUGCCUUGACUAGGCAAGAUACACCCAUGCCAAAACCGCUUGCCUUGACUAGGCAAGAUACACCCAUGCCAAAGGACAAUUUAGGGAAGGAUGAAUUAAGAGACAACCACAGUGAUGUUAAACUGCCUCCAAAUCCGCGCAUGAUGUUUAAGGUAGGAGGCAAUGCUACACAUCUCAUAACUCCAUCUGAAAUUAUAUCAGGCGCUCUAUCUACUGCUGACAGCAAUCAAGUCUCUAAGUCUGAUGGCGCAAAAAUCCAGGAUGGUUCUAUCAGUAGUCCUCGGAUUGCAGAAGUAGAAGCAAAGCAUGUUAAUGAGAGUAAACCUGAUCAUGAUUUGGAACCUGAAGCUGUGAAGGAAGCUCAAGUUUGUGAGAGUUCAAAGAAAGCUCAAAAUUCGUUGGAGCAAACUGUUGAAAUGAUCAGUGAGCGUUCAGUAACAACAGAUAAGUACAGCGUGGAAGAAUCACGGUCGGCAUCUGAUAAACUGGUUCCUGAGCAUACUGGUGCUACUGGCGAAAAUGUUUCGAACAAAACUGUGGAAAUACCAGUGAAAAGCGAUUAUCCCUCUGCAUCUAGGGAGCAAUCUUCCUCAUAUAUCAAGGAGAAGGAAAAAGUUCUUCAUCCUCAAGCAUCUGGACAAUCAUCACCUUCUACAAGCGCAUUUAACUCAACUGAGUCUUCACAUGAACCUUUCAGCAGUUCAUACCCUCCUAUUGAUUCCUCUCCAGAAGUUGCUGAUAUGCAAGCGAUGAUGCAACAGUUAGUAGCCAUGCAGAAGGACAUGCAGAAGCAGUUAGGCACUAUUGUUACUGCUCCUAUUGCAAAGGAAGGCAAAAGAAUUGAGACAUCUUUAGGCCGUACCAUGGAGAAAUCUGUCAAGGCUAGCAUUGAUGCCUUGUGGGCUCGUUUCCUGGAGGAGAACACGAAGCGUGAAAAGGCUGAAAGAGAGCGAAUGCAGCAAAUGACCACUCUCAUCACAAACUCAAUAAGCAAGGACAUUCCUGCUAUGUUGGAGAAGUCAAUAAAGAAAGAAGCUUCUUCACUCGGACCUAUUAUUGCACGGACAAUAACACCUAUUAUUGAGAAGUCCUUGGCCUCUAUUGUUGCUGAUUCAGUUCAGAAAGCGGUGGGUGACAAGGUGGUUAAUCAGCUGGACAAGUCUGUUAGUGCAAAACUUGAAGCUACGCUUGCUAGGCAAAUCCAACUGCAGUUUCAUACAUCUGUAAAACAGAAUCUUCAGGAUGCUUUACGCACUAGCUUUGAGUCAUUGCUCGUUCCAGCAUUUGAACAAUCCUGUAAGACAAUGUUCGAGCAAGUGGAUAGUGCAUUCCAGAAAGGAAUGUCUGAGCACGCUGUUGGUAUUCAGCAGCAGGUUGAGGCAGCACAUACUCCAUUGGUGUUAACUUUAAAGGAAAGCAUCGCUUCUGCCUCGUCAAUCACCCAGAGUGUUACAUCAGAGUUACUUGAUGGUCAUCGCAAACUUUUGGCACUGGUUGCAUCUGGGAACUUCAAGGCACAGAAUACAAAUGUUUUGCAGCCCAACAAUGGCCCUAUCACUGGUCCCCCAGAGGUUGAGGCUCCAUUAGACCCAAUGAAGGAGCUGGGAAGACUGAUAUCUGAACGCAAAUUUGAUGAGGCAUUUACUGUGGCGCUUCAAAGAAGUGACGUCUCCAUCGUGUCUUGGCUAUGCUCUCAGGUUGAUUUGCGUGCAUUAUGUACAAUGGUCCCAGUCCCUCUAAACCAGGGAGUCCUUCUAGCCCUACUACAGCAGCUGGCAGUUGAUAUUGGCACCGAGACAUCCCGGAAGAUUCAGUGGAUGACAGAUGUUGCCAUGGCAAUCAAUCCGACAGACCUGGUGAUUGCCCAGCACGUCAGGCCUAUCUUCGAUCAAGUCUACGCCAAAUUGGCGCACCACCGAUCACUUCCCAGCACCAGUCCAUCAGAUAGCAGCAAUCUCCGCUUGCUCAUGCAUGUGAUUAACUCAGUUCUGCUUAGCUACAAGUGAUUCUAAUUCGUGAGACACUCACUGGUGGCUGUGGAAACCGUGGGAACUAUGGUCUAUUCUUUCUUUGUAUAGAGAGAAAUUUUGAAACUCAAGGUGAACCAAGAAGGGAGAUAAAACUGUCACCAAGAAAACUCGGUUGAGGUGUUACACCUGGUGUAAAUUAGGCUUGUAUCGGACUUAAAUUGGAGUAUUUGGACUGCAAGUCUAUUGUUCUUUAGCAACACAGUCGUCCUUUGUAGCUCCCAAGUUUUGAUAGUAGUAGCAGCCGCUCUGCGUAGCAAGAGUCGUUAGCGUCCAGCCAAAUAUUGCAACACAGAAGAUUAAUGUUUUCAAGCGUGAAGAAGCUAUGCUGGUUUUGUUUUUAUGUUUU